CAUUUGAAUAAGUACUGAUAAAGUACUGAUAAGUACUGAUACGAGGCAGCAUUGCGUGGAAUUCUGUGGAUGAACCCCAAGAUUUCUUACAUCCUUUCAUUGGAAGAUGUUUCACAAGAUCCGUUGAACACAGCACACUGGCUCCCUUUUUAUCGAGCCACACAUUUUUCGAGGAAUUAGCUCUCGUCACAUUCGAGGAAAAAUCAUUUCCGGGUUGUCAGAUCCGAGUUUGGCCUACUCAGUACCACAAUGGUACCAUAAAUAAUAUUUUACUUUAUGUGCCAUCCUCUUUCUGAAGUAAAGUUUUUUCCCACUUAACAUAGCCACUUUUGGUUCCCAUCGUUGAAUUUAUUGAAAUCGAGCAACGCUGUGGAAGCACCCUUUCAGAAAUUCCUCGGGAUUUCCCCAGUCAGCAGACACCCGACAAGGAAAAGGAUCUUAUAACAAAUAAACACGUCAGUCGGAAGGACCCUCGGGAUCAAAUUGCUUCAUUUCACCCACACUGGGUCAAAGGUUCAACCAUGAAUUAUCGAAAAAUGCGCCACCCACAAUUGACGUCUCGUGCACGUGUGAAGUAAUUUACUGCAAUAUGAAACGCAUGCGUCACUUGUGAAGGAACAUUAUAUUGUAUUAUUCCCUAUGGAAAAAAAAUGCAGUUUUGAACAAUCCAUUUUUUGGCCUCAAAAUCGUCGUUAAAAUUAUUCGAGUCUGCCACAGUUAUUUGAGACUUGUUCUGUCUUUGUGGACAGAUAUUAUGUCAGGGAACUUUCGUGCCAACCAAUUUAAAUCCCUAUAAAAUCAUUCGUCAUAAAAAUCCUAUAAUAACAUAUGCAUGAUCAAACUGAAUGAAAUCAUGAUACAAUCCACUCUCGAACAAUGACGGUCACCCUUUUGGGCAUUUCCCUCGCACUUACACUUGCUAUUCAGUAUGCUGACUGCCCUGAAUGCAUACGCGGACAAUAAACACAUACAUGUAGUGCAUGCCCAACCACCUGCUGCAUUCAAUAUUUUUCAGAUGCUCUUGGCGGGUAGUGGUGGUUAAAAAUAGGUCUGCUAAUUCCCUGACAUAACACUAACACGAUCGUUAAACUCGUCAAACGAUUGGGUGAUCGACUUGACAACCUGCUGUGGCGAAGCUUUUUACCGUGAUGAAAUCAGUUACGCAGUUACUGUACCAUGGACCGUGCUUUUCAGCAUACUGUUGACAUUGUGAAAUUUAUGGCGCGGAACUUGUGAAAAUGGGUGUUCUAAAUCAUGACAAGCACAAUAGAGCUGCACAUGUGGCACGACUGUCCACAACGACAGAGUAGUCGAGAUAAAGCUGCCAGUAUAUCACCCGUCUUGCAGUUUGAGUUCACAUAUUUAGGGCCGCAUUAACUCAUAGAGCUACAAUCAUAGACCCUAAACACCUUGGUUGCAGAGAUCCUACUCCGUCCAAGGCAUCAGCACCGAUGCAGUAGCGCCGGAUGCGGACGACAUUAGCGAUAAUACAGCUUAUUAACGAGAUGAAGGACCUUGUGGGAAUGAUAUUCAAUGAGCCGGAAACCUAAAGAAGAUUCUUCAAUGGUCAGAAUGUGGCUGAGAUCUCUUCCACUCUGUGUGCCUUUUUUCCCGACGGUUUAGGAGGAACGUCAUUAUGACUGGUGGUUCAGGGAGCACGGAGCGCCACUACCGUAGGUUGCUCGAUAAGUUGAAGGCCCGGUCCAACCGGAUAUUCGUCAAGGCUCAGAUGCAGAACCGCACGCAGGAACAGAGGUUGAAAAAAGUAGUGCACGUUAUGGAGAAGGAGCGGGACCUCUGCAUUCGCAAAUCUCACGAGGGCAUCUGGAGAGUGUCGUCCAAGGAGUGCCCCAUGCCACGGCUCGCCAAGCUAGAGAACAUGCCGUCAUAUCUAGCCCGGCCAAGGGCAACCACCCUGCCCACACCUGCAGAACUGGCAACCCUGCUACCAAAGAAAAGGGUGAGGCAACAACCAUACACGUCUCGCGCCGAAUCGGUGGCAAUUAGCAAAGCGCCCCCAAAAGAGUACACUCGGAUAUCCAGGAGAAAACUGUCCAUGAUGACUUCGGAUCAAGUUCAGAUAUAUCAUUAUCGGAAAGUUCUUGAGGAUUUUGAGCGGAAGAGCGAGGUUCUCGAAGAGGCCGAUGAAAAAGAGGAAAACGCCGAUACAACAAAUGUGCCGGAAGAUAAGAACGAAACUUUGGUGGAGGGUGGAAUGAUGGCUGACGGGCAGUGGGCGAUCCCAGUGACUAAAACAAAGAGCUUAAUCAGCGAAGCAAGCAAAGCUUUGGCACAUGAGGACAGCACCGCAGCUGCUGAGGAAUCAGUGAGGAUGGUCAUGAAAAAGCUUGGCAUGCGACCUCAAUCCAGCCCUCUGUCUUACACUCGAAAAACCAGGCCGAAGAAGCGCCCUCAGACGAGCCCCGGAACGUGUGCCACCAUUGCCGAGCAACAAUUGGACUCCAAAAGCAAAGUACUGCGAACCAACUAUUUAGACAUGUACAAAGUGCAGCUAAAGAAUCACGUGCGUCGUAUGAAAUCGAAGGGUGAAAUUCCAGCGCCCUCUACACGCAUAGACACCGCAUCCCCAUCCCACCUCGACGAUCGACCAAAAUCCAGUCUCGAGAGGAGCGCCCUCUCGCGGGCUUCCACUCCCAUCAAAGCCGCCUCCCAGGCCCCAAGUAAAUUCUCCUCGCCCAUGUUCACACCGGAGUCUCGUGGUAUAAAUAACCCCGGGGCUAAGAAGGAAAGGCAGUCUACGUUGAUGCAACAGACAGCAUCCUCAGCCUUGCGAUCCAGCCCGAGGCGACAACUGCGCAGGGUCAGCACGCAGGUCAUGCAUGCCAACGCCUUCGAUGAGUUGCACGAGGAGGUGCAAAGAGUGCAGAGCUAUCGGAAGUUUCGGCGGGAAUCUCUGCAGGUCAACGACGUCGCCAACCUACAAGACAUUGAGGAUGGGGAACUGUUUGAAGAAAUGAAGCAUUGCCGGUAUAUCAGGUGGACGAAAGCUGAUGAAGCAAUCAUCGAGGAAAGUAGAGACAAUGAACCAUUAAUGAACCAACUAGCAUUGCUAACUCUGAAGUACUCCCCUCAGGUCAAAUCCACGAAAAAUAAGAGCGGGAAGACUUGAUUAUGCACCAUUGUUACAAUUCGUUUUCUUGUGAUUAAACAAACAAAAUGGUACAAUAAAGACAAACUCCACAGAUCAUACAUAAAAAUGGAAGAGAUUUGAUAAAAAAUGAUCAUUACUAAAUUACAGCAGCCAUGUUGAUGAAACACAUUUUCAAGUUUUUAAUACAUGUAGUUUCGUAUUUGUAAGUCCCAGCAUGCCAAAGACGGAAUACGUGUACUUUGCUUUAAUGACCUUUUACUAACCGAAGAAAACUUAUUCCUCAUUUAUGUUUGGAGAUAAAAUAAAAAAGCAUAUGUAAAAUUAUGUAUCGGGUGGUUUAUCGCGGUCCGACAAUAAUAAGCCCCAGAUGUCGAUAAAAGUCACGCACGAUUGGCUGAAAAUGGUCUUCAGUGAAACAACACGUUGGGGGCGCUUUAAUUAAUACUCAAUCGAAUAGCACCACCAAAUCGGUACAUGAUGUGUAUGCAUAAUGAACUCGGCCUUAAAGGCUUACAUCCUACACUGCGUAUUAACAACUAAUAGUUUCCAAACCAUAGCUGCACAUCUGUUCGAAGGAUAC